CUCCUUAUUUCCAUUUCGGCAUCCGUUGUCCGAAAAAUUGUCCUCGGUCAUUUUGCCUUCAAAACCCCGCGCUUGCGACGUGGGCCACCCGUUCGACGGAAGUCCGGCCGGCAGCGCGCGGCGGAGGAGGCGGUGGAGAUGGUGUCGUUCCUGAAGGCGCUGCUGUACGGGGCGGGGGGUGUGGUGGUGGUAGGAAUGGCGACGCUGGUGGCGUUCCAGGAGAAGCUCGUCUACGUGCCGGCACUCCCGGGACUCCCCCGGCCCUACUCCAUCACCCCCGCACGCCUUCUUCUGGAUUAUGAGGACGUCUGGCUCCGCUCCUCCGACGGCGUCCGCCUCCACUCCUGGUUCGUCAAGCACGAGCCCCCAGUACGAGGUCCAACGAUACUCUUCUUCCAAGAGAAUGCUGGCAAUAUUGCUCACCGUCUUGAAUUUGUCCGCAUAAUGAUGCAGAAACUGCAUUGCAAUGUGUUUAUGCUUUCUUAUAGAGGGUAUGGGGAAAGUGAUGGUUACCCAUCUCAGCAUGGCAUUAUAAAGGAUGCUCAGGCAGCACUAGAUCAUCUAACUCAGAGGAAUGAUAUUGACACAUCCAGAAUAGUUGUUUUUGGGAGAUCUUUAGGAGGUGCAGUUGGAUCGAUACUUGCAAAAAAUAAUCCUGAUAAGGUUUCUGCUAUUAUAUUGGAGAAUACUUUCACCUCUAUAUUGGACAUGGCUGGUGUUAUGAUGCCCUUCCUAAAAUGGUUCAUAGGUGGCGGUGCAUCAAGAGGUCCAAAGGUUCUCAACUGUCUUGUACGCUCUCCAUGGAGUACCAUUGAUGUCAUUGGGCAGAUCAAACAACCUAUCCUGUUCCUAUCUGGUUUGCAAGAUGAGUUAGUUCCUCCAUCUCAUAUGCAGAUGCUAUAUUCUAAAGCAGUAGAACAUAACAGAUAUUGUAGAUUUGUAGAAUUUCCAACUGGCAUGCACAUGGACACUUGGUUUUCUGGUGGAGAUCGGUAUUGGAGAAAUAUUCAGUUAUUCUUGGAUCAAUAUGUUCCAGAGAUACAGCAAUGCAAAUCAAGCUGCAAACUCGAUGAUGAUGACAAUGACAAUGGCAAUGCAUGAUGAUCCACAGCAUUCUCUUAAGGCAGAGCCUGCCUUUUUUCGACCAUGCCUAUCAUAUAUUUCUGAUGCUGCAGCAGUCAAAUCUAUCAAUGGGAGUGACAACCAGGCUCGAUGUGCAGCGCAUUCGGUCGAUUUUGCUAGUCUUUCCCAGUGCCAUAUCCAGAAGAUGCCAAAGAUGUAAAUCUAUCUAACUGGUUCCAUUAUGGUGACACAUUCUUGCUAUAUGAAAUAAGAUGAAAAUAUUGAAUUUCUUGAGAUGAAUGUAUUUCUAACUCGGUAGUUACAUAGAUUAGAUAUUUAUUCAUAAUGUACAGGGUCAAUUAUUUCUGGCCCUGUGAUUGCCUUUUUUGCAUUCAACAUAAUUUGUAAAAUUACCUAAUAUCUUUAUUGUUUAAAAAAAAAACAAUAGUCUAGCAAAUAUGUGAUGCUUGAGCAUACAAAGUUCUUGCAUCAUAUAUUUCUCUAUGUUUUUCCCCUUUCUA